GCGGGAGUUGUGACCCACCCCGGGCAGCUUUGUGCGGAGUGCGCGUGCGCCAGCGGAAAGCCGUUGCAGACAGGUUGUCCCCAGAUCUUAAAGUACUAAUUUGUUCCAUAUAAGUCACGAUGCCUAGAAGAGCAGGUGCAAAUUGCACAACAGGAACCAAGUCAAAGCGUGAGAGCAAAUCUCAACAGUGCAAAAAAGCUGGAAAAAGGAAAGUUGAUAUUGGAGAUACUAAGGAGUCAGAGAAAGAGGUAAGACAUUCAAGCAAACAAAUGAAGAAACAAUCUGAGAAUCCAGAACAGCCAGAAACUGGGAAAAGUACAAAUAUGAAAAAGAAAACCCUCAAAAAUAAAGUAACAUGGCAGCCUCUCUCAAAAGACAAUAAAGAAUAUUUUGAGGCUAUGAUGGAUUCUAUGAUACGAUAUGUUUUGAGAGCUGAAAUAAAAGAAAAGGAAAACACUCAAAUUCAUCUUAACUGCUUAAAGGAAAGAUUUCUUCAAUUGUGUGAAACUCAUAAAGUCUCCCUGGGAGAGUGGAAUAGUCUCAAGGAAGUGUCCAAUCUCUUAGUGAAGGAGAUGGAGACUCUCGAGGCCAAUGAAGAAGGCCUGGCGUUUUUACAGGAAGAAACUGAAAAAGCAGUGAAGGCCACAGAAUUAAUAAAUGAGAAUAUUCAGAACCUUCAGGAUAAAAUUCGGAUUCUUGAGAGUGAAUUGGAAGAAGAAGAAGAAAAGGCUAAGCAGGUGCUUCAGUUAGAUGGUACCAAGGCCCUUUCUCUUCCAGAACUCCCCAAGAAAAGUAUUAAAGCCCCAAUACUUCAUGAGGAAAUUUUGAAGAGGAUCCCAAAUCAGAAAGAUGUUCUAAAGGAUCUGCAUGUCAUGAAUAAUUCAGCAGAGAUGAAGAAUAUGUUAACUUUCAUAAAAGAAGCCUAUAAGAAGCUGGAUGCCUCCUGAGUUCUUGUACUGUAUAGUUGUGGACAAUUUAACAUUUAUAAAUCAAUGAAAGUGAUUGUUACCUUUAAUGAAGUCUUUUGAUAUUAUAGAUGAUAAGACCAUCAUGGGAAUUACAAAUCCCCCAUUCAUCACAAGCACUUUUUAAAAAAUGGGCAUCUCCUAUCAAUUUAAUAUCUGGAGGCCCUGGAUCAGAAAUGACAAGGUCUGGGUGCUAUAGUCUCCCCAUUCCACAUCUUUCUGAUGUGUGCCUUAGGACCAGACACCCAAAAACCAAGCUUUGUUCAGCUAUCAUGGCUUUUCUGGGACAAGAGUUUCAGCUGAAUGUAGCUCAAUGAUUUUUAAUUGAAGUAUCAAUCAAAUAAAACAGGAUAUGAGACAAUUAAAAUGUACAUUUAAGAAAUAACUGAACUUUCAAUGGCUGGUCACUCUUUUUAUUUUUAAUCCCUUCUUUCGGCCCUGGCCUUCCUCCAAUGAGCUGGCUCAGUUUUCACCAAUUAUCCAUGUUUUUGGUAAACUGGAGAAACCAAGGGAUUUAUAAAUGACUGUUGUGUCAAAAGGGAUGUCUAAUGGCAUCAAUAUUUUAUUUCUGUGAGCACAUAAAUAAUGAAUGCUUUUUUCCCCUCCAGAUUAUCAUGAAGGCAUGAUUGUGUCCCAGAUGACUGAUUACUAAAGAAAUGCAUGUGUACUAUGUCCCAUUAGAGUAUUGACUCAAAAAUAAUUUAACACUUCAAUAACUAAAGCCUAUUUUUUAGAUAGAUUUUUAGGCCAGGGCCGAAAGAAGGGAUUAAAAAAAAAAAAGAGUGACCAGAGUGAAGUGAUAUAGUUUAAAAGCUGUUUCAAGUAAUAGUCGUAUAAUUAGCUGUCAAGUUGAAAUAGGUUCUUUGGGGAAAUUGGGGCAUUGUCUGUUGGUUUUUGUUUGUCUAUGAAAUAAAAUAUUAACAUGUAAUUCA